AUGAAAUCCUCUGCAGAGAAGCAUUUUCGCUGUACGGUCUGCCAGCGAGGUUUCACGCGGAUUGAUCAUUUGAAAAGACACCAACUUCGUCACUCCGGAUUGAAGCCUUACUCGUGUGUUUUCUGCAAUGAAGCUUUUGCGCGAUGUGAUAAUCUCCGGGACCACUAUGCGGACUGCACAAAACGCGGGGACCAGAAAAUCCCGGAAACCGGCCAGAGAGGCAGACGGCGACAUGCGUGCCAACCAUGCAUGUCGAUGAAGCUUCGCUGCGAUGGAUCGAAUCCUUGUGGUUCGUGCCAGAAACGAAAUGUGGAAUGCGUUAAGGAGCAAGGGCCUGGUCCACAAAAAUCCCCGUUGUCAGAUAGCCAGUCUACAAGCACAACCCACUCUGCGCUGGCGCCCCGCAAUAUCUACGAACCAUCAUCUGAUCGCGGGUCGAUCAAGUUCCUUCUCAAUGGAGGCACCGACAGUUUCACCGAACACUUUCAUCUUCCGCCACAUACUGAUAGAGCCCGCGGGUUAGAAUACCAUAACCAGAAGGGGUUUGAGGAGGCUGAAAUGUCGAUCCUGGGUUAUCCUGAAAGAAGCGAUCAGCCGGACUACGCACCAGCUUUUGCCGAGUCGGAUCCAGCUGCCUUGUCUUUUUUCCAGGAUACCUUUAUCAAUUUCUUUAACGGUCCAUUUCCACUUGGCGAGCCACCAAAAACAUUGGAGGAGCACUACAGAAGCGAAGCUCGCUACAAUCCAAUGAUGUCCCAAGGGCAACCAUCACAUGAACCGGAGAAGCCGUUUGCUAUGGCACUGAUUCAGGCAAUACUAUCCAAAGUUUGGACUGUCCACCUUGAGCCCAAGACUCAGGAAGAAAUCUCCAUGAAUAUCCACUUCCUAUUGACAACUUCCCGCAUUCGAAAAUUCGUUUCCCUAUAUUCCAGGUUCUGGCAUUCCAAUUGCCCGCUCGUCCACAUUGCAAGCUUUGAUCCCGAAAUUGCUUCGCUGCCGUUGCUCACGUCUAUCGUCUUUAUGGGUGCCAUAUAUUCAGAUGACGUGAGGGAGUCGAGUACCGCCAAGAGGAUUCUUGACUUCGCAGAGCUGUUUGUGUUCUCGAGUCAAGUUUUUGCAUCCAAGCAUGAGAUUGGUGUCAGUUUCCGUACGGAACACCGCAUGGAUGAUGAUCCGAACGAAUUCGUCAAACUGCAAGAUCUUCAAGCAGGAUACAUCAUGACAGUUACGCAAUACUGGGCAGGUGAUCGUGUUUCACGAAAUCGCGCGAUGGAGACCCUCUUUAAUCAGGUUGUCAACGUUGCUCGUAAACUCGGUCUUUCCAAGUGUCGUCACCAGCCGCAGGAUCAACUCCAUGAAUCCUUGUGGAUUCAAACAGAAUCUCGUAUUCGUAUCAUGGCCAUGAUAGCCUUGAUCGACUCUGCAUUCUCAUUCUUCCAAAACUACCCAUGUCGUCUGACGCAUGUUGAAAUGGACUGUGAUCUUCCAUGCGAAGAGAUCAUUUUCAAUUCCGUCCACCCAUUUUCAGAGCCGAAUUUCCGCUUUUCUCGAAAUCUCACCGUCUCGGAGGCUUUCCAGAGUUUGUUUGAGGAGUGUCCCGAGGACUCGCCUAAUCCACCGAUUAUCUCCUUUCCACAGAACGAUAUUGGUAAUCCUCUGGGAUUUACAGUGUUCGAUAUGUUUCUUCUAAUACACCUGCUAUACGCCUUCAUCAACACCCACAUGACUCUCCUAAUCCCCAUCCUCCGAAAAUACCAAACCGCAAAAUCACCCAGCACAAUCCCAGAUGAUUCCAUCCUAGCAGCAAUCCGCACAGCCCUAUCACGAUGGCGCGAACACUGGGUAACAUUACACAACCAAUUACCAGGAGAUCAAUGGGCGUCUAUGGGCUUCUACAAGAAUGGAUAUAACUUUUGGCUCGUCUCGCAGCUGCUGAUUACCAAGAAAGAAAGCGUAGAUGUGGUGAUGCGGAUGGAAGUGAAGUGUGAGGAUAAAUUGGAGAAGCUGAAGGUGCUACUUAUGGAUGAAUAG